AUGCCUUUUGUGAAGAAAAAAUCUAAUAAAUUAUUUAGUGAAAAUAAGAGUUAUGUUAAAAGCCUGCAAGGAACAGACGGCAAAGAUAAAGUUUUAAGCUUAUUAGAGUAUUACUUUAAGAUUAGUUGCAUUCCCUUGCAGCACGCCAAAAAGUAG